AUGGAUCCUCUGUCCAUAAUCGCCUCAAGCGUGGCUGUCGCCCACACACUUCAUGUGACACUGCGUGGUAUCCAAGCGACUCGCCGGGCCCUCCCUGAGCUCAUAGCUCUGCAUAACGAAGUGUCUGAUUUACGGCUAGUAUUGCAAGAGCUCGAAGCGAUUCUUGAACAGAGGGAGCAAGCAGCCAACCCUUUACCUCCUAACGCCCACUUGAUACAGGCGAUCAAUUCUUCUAAAGGUAAAUUAGUACAGCUGUCAAACGAAGUCUUGACAUGGGACCUCGGACACCCACUGUUCAGCACAGUUGAUGAUCAAAAGCGAUUCCGUCUUUUGCGAGUUGGACGUAAAGCACAAAGAUACAAAGAGGAGCUGAAGGAAAUCAAAGCAAACUUGACUGCACAUUUAUCGAUUCAUUCCACGUCCACUACCAGCCGCAUUGAAAUCGACCUCCAACAAGUCCUACUCGUUGCAAGGGCGGAGGCGGCCAAAUCUGACCAGAGCCAUGAAACCAUUAAGCAGCAGCUGACUCGGCAUGGAGAGCAACUACAAACACUUGCGAGAAUGACCCAGUCUGAUCAGCAAGACACCAAUACCAGCCAAAGCCAAGCUUCAGCUGUUCGAGGAGAAUACGCACCUGUCAACGAGGUAGUGAGCGCAGACAAAUUCGACACUGAGAAAGUCAAAGCUUUCCAGCACAAUGGGUCCAUACUAUUCGAAUCCAGCCAGCUGACCGCCAUAAGUGCAGUGGGCAUCCGCACCGCCCAAUUUCCCCGAGCAGCUUGCAGUCCAUGGUGCAGCUGCAUCUGUCACCACGAGCGACGCUUCCGAACACCUCAAAUCCUUGAGAACGUCAUCGGGUCUCUCUUCGUGGGCUACUCAGGUCUCCCCAAGUUGACGGAGCCGUGCGACGAACAUGGCUGUCGCCUUCGCGCGCAGCCAACCUCAUCCAUCACCUAUUUUUUCCCACCUUGGUUCUUGGCCCGUGCUUUAUCGCUUGUGCUGUCUUCGACGCCGCUGGCGGGGCCGAUUGCCACGCUGAAGUUCCAGCGCGCCAUUUCUGGGGACGCUGAUGUUUUCAAUUUUGCGAAGUUGGGGGAGGUGGAAAAUAUGAAGCGGUUGUUUGAAGAUGGGCUGGCCUCGCCUCAUGAUGUGCAUUAUGAGUCCGGCUUGGCUAUCAGCCACCGUCAAAUCCACGUCUGCAAAUUCCUGCUCCAAAUGAACGCCAAUCCGUUCCUCGAGGAUCGCACUCAGUGGGCGGCCGCAGACAACGCAUGGGACAAGAUCCUCAGCCGCAGCUUCCCCUCCCCCACCGAAAAAGCCCUGCGAGAGAUGUUCUCCGAGACCGAAUGCAUCUCGCGCCGCGACUUCACCGUCCUGCACAAGAUCAUCCUCCACCUGCUCCCCAACGAUCUUGACGCAGUCCUCGCAGCCUCGACGGCCGAAAUCAACGCCUUCGACUCCAACCAGCGCACCGCCCACUCCCUAGCAGCUGAGCGUGGCGACCUCCCCUCUUUGACUACACUCUUCCGCUACGGCGCGGAUCCUGCCCCCGCUUCUACCUCCGGCAGCACGGCUCUCCAUUUUGCGGCGUGCGCGCUCGAUCCGUGCUGUCUUGCGCCGCUGAUUGAGCAUGGCGCUGUGAUCGACGCGAGGACGAAUUGGGAUCAGACGCCGCUGAUCUAUGCGGCUGCGUAUCGGGAGGAUAAGAGACACGCGGAGAUUCUGCUGCGAAAAGGGGCGGAUGCUGGUGUGAGGGAUCUGGAUGGUAUUAAUGCGCUAGGCUGGACGGCGAUUGUGGGGAAUGUGCCUGUCGCGAAGAUGAUCUUGAGUUCUGGUGGUGGUGCCGAUUUGAUUUUUGCUGCUGAUAAUGGAGGUCAGACGGCUUUGACGAGGUGUGUGAGUGUGAAUCGGUAUGAGAUUUUGGAGGCUGUGAUUGAGAAGUUGAAGGGGGAUGGACUGGAGUUGGUGGGUGAUGAGCAGGUGCUGUUGGCUGCGGCUGAGAGUGCUGAUCUGAGGACUUUGGCCUUGUUACGGGAAUUCGAUUUUGAAGCGUUGGAUGUUACGAGCGUCGUGGAUGGGAAUGGGGAGUGCGUUGAGGGUGUUUUGAAGAGGCGUGCAGAUUUCGAUGAGAGUUUACUGGCGGCUUUUCGUGGUUUGUGGCAGCGGAAUGAUGAACAGGAGCGUGAUGUAUGGCAUGAUGCUUUUGAGCAUUUGGGCUCUGAAGGGUGA